CCAGCAUUGUCCAAUCAGGCUGUGAUUGGUUACAGGUUGUCCUCUACAACAUAUAAAUACACGCCACAGUUAUUUCUCUAUACUUCACAUGUUCAACGACUGUUAUGGCUUCUAAGUGCUGUGUAGUGGGGCUGUUCCUGGUUUUGCUGUUCUGGGAUGUUCAUUGCUAUCCCUAUCAACAAGCCUACAGGUUGGGCCAAGUCUACCCAAGAACUUCAAAUCUAUAUGGUCCACUUGUCAAACCCAGCCAAAUUAACACCUACACACGUUACUUCCUUAAACAUGAACCCAUUUCUUCUGGUUCAAGCCUCCCUGUUCCUGUUGACUCUAGGAGUCCUAUUGAUUGGGGCUCCAAUCUUGGUAUUCAGAGUUUUGCUCCCCUGAAGACUACUGCUUCCCCUCACCUCGUUCCUCAGGCUCCUGAACAGACUGGAUGUCUUUCUGCAGGAGUCGCUUACCCUAGUCUUCUUCCUUUACCGCCACUGUGUGAGUCUUCACCAAGUAACUUCCAGGCAGGGGAAAUCUCUCACUUUGAGAGUGUUUAUGAACAAGGCAACAGUCGGAGUGAGUUUGAAGACCAACGGUUCCCACUUCGUGAGGGUGCAGUUGAGGCAGGUUCUAUUCCAGCCCCACUCCCUGCUACAAUAGCCCCACCCCUAUCCAAAGUUAUUGGACCAGAACCUAGCCAGGAAGGUCUUGAAGCUAAUUAUGGGGAGCUGUUCAUCACUAGGAAGUUCCCUGCUGGCAUCAUCACCCAUUUAAGAACCAAAUAUGAGCAUGGAAAUGACCAAUGGAGCUCAGCUGGUUUUGUCAGGUACCGUCCUGCUCCCGUCCAAUACCGACCACAAUAUCCUCAUGCCCGCCGGCAGUGACCAGUAGGAGAAGGUUCUGUGCUAACCUGGAUCCUGCUGUUUCAUGGCUGUGUUGAUUGCUAAUAAACCUACUUGAGAAAUGUA